AUGGUUUCUUACGUCUCGAGACUUACUGCCAAGACCGCUCCAUACUACGGUAAAUUGUCGUUAGCUGCUUUGCUCAGCUACACUCCUAACCUUGCCUUGUGGGGUGGUGCCUCCAUGUUUGCCGUUUUCCAGUUCACCGAUGGUUGGCCAAAAUUUCAAGACACUUUCUACAAAAAGAUCCCAAUCUUUGGUUCUCACUGGGUUAAGGAAGUCGAUCCGGAAGACAGCUCAACUGCUUGA